GAACUUUUGUUUUUUGAUACCCAGCAUAUCGUCACCACCCACAGUCGCCAUGUUCGCAGCACGAAAGGUCUCACAGUCCGUCCUGGGCGCAGCCGUCCAGCGCCGCGCAUUCUCUGCCACCGCCAGCAAUGCAUCGAAGGUCGUCGUCCUCGGAGCCGCCGGUGGUAUCGGCCAGCCGCUCUCCCUCCUCUUGAAGCUCAACCCACGCGUGAGCGAGCUGGGCCUCUACGAUGUUCGCAUGGCACCAGGUGUCGCCGCCGACGUGGGCCACAUCAACACUAAGAGCACAGUUGUUGGCUACGAGGCCGGCGCGGCCGGGUUGGCUGCUGCCCUCAAGGGCGCACAGAUUGUGGUCAUUCCCGCUGGUGUCCCACGCAAGCCAGGCAUGACCCGUGAUGACCUGUUCAACACCAAUGCAUCGAUUGUGCGCGACCUCGCAAAGGCUGCCGCCGAGAACUGCCCCGAUGCCCACAUGCUCAUCAUCUCCAACCCGGUCAACAGCACUGUUCCCAUCUGCGCCGAGGUCUUCAAGUCCAAGAACGUCUACAACCCCAAGAAGCUCUUUGGUGUCACCACUCUCGAUGUCGUCCGUGCCUCGCGAUUCAUCUCCCAGAUCAAGAACACCGACCCCGCCACGGAGAACAUCACCGUCGUGGGUGGACACUCUGGCGAGACGAUUGUUCCCCUCCUCAGCCAGUCCGGCUAUGAGCUGAAGGGCGAGGAGCGCGACGCAUACGUCAAGCGCGUGCAGUUCGGCGGUGAUGAGGUCGUCAAGGCCAAGGACGGUGCCGGAUCUGCCACCCUUUCCAUGGCUAUGGCUGGUGCUCGCUUCACCGAGUCCCUGCUCAAGGCCGCUCAGGGCGAGAAGGGCGUUGUCGAGCCCACAUACGUCGACUCGCCUCUCUACAAGGACCAGGGCGUAACCUACUUCGCAUCCAACGUCACCCUCGGACCCAACGGUGUUGAGGAGGUGCACCCAGUCGGCAAGGUUACAGAACACGAGCAGGGUCUCCUCGAGAAGUGCUUGAAGGACCUCAAGACCAACAUUGAGAAGGGAGAGAAGUGGGUCAAGGAGAACCCAUAGAUGAUUCAUGGCACAGCAUGAAUGGAGACCGACGUCCAAAUCGAGAAAGAGAAGCGGCGCCCAGUGGUGCGCUCGAUGCUGGAGACAAGUUGAGAUGCCUAGAGCUUCACAGCCUGCUGUAGAUUUACUGUAUCCCCCCAAAAUUCUCGAGUAGUGUUUACA